GCCGCCCAGCGAACGAGAGAGGCCGGGGGUCGAGGCACACAGACCGAGAGCCGAGGUCGGGGCCCACCAAGUGAGGGAGGGAGGCCCGGGGUCCCGCUGAGCGAGGGGGGUGGGGGGGAGAGAAAAAGAGAAUCCCCGAGUGCGGGGAUCAACGCCGGGAAGCAGAGUGAGGAGCCCAGGGCCCGCAGUGAGGGGUGGGUGGAGACCGAACCGAGCCCGGUGACCGGCGCCGAAAUGGACCGUCCCGAUCCCCAGUGAACGGGGGUCGGAGCGGCGCCGCACCGGGCAUGGAGUCUGCCCCCGGGCUGGAGAGGGACAUGAGCCCGGGGAUUGAGUGCCAGUUCCUACGGCCAGAGGGGGACGAAAGCUCGGGGAUUGAUUGUCAGUCCCCCGGGCCCGAGGGGGACGAGAGCCCGUGCUUUGAGCCGGGAGAGUGCGAGAGGUUGCGGGUGGUGUUCGACAUGUUUGACCUGGCCGGGGAAGGACUCAUCCGGCUGGAGGAUUUCUGCCAGAUCGCCAGCAGCUACGGCGCAGAACAGGUAAAGGAGUUGACCAAGUACCUGGAUCCUGCUGGUCUUGGGGUCAUUGGCUUCGAUGACUUCUGCCGUGGAAUUGCUGCCAUCAAGAAUAAUGGAGAUACUGACAGCCAGAACUAUGAUGCUGGAUUUGGAAAUGAAGAUGAUGCACUACCCUGUUCUGACGGGUUUGAGGACUUCAAUUGCUUUGAGACUAACGAAGUGACAGACAGUGCUUACAUGGGCUCUGAGAGUACCUACAGUGAAUGUGAGACCUUCACAGAUGAGGACACGGGUACCCUGGUUCACCAUGGAGCACACGAUGAGUUGGAAACUGACAGUGCCAUAGACACCACCUUAAACUCCGAGUUCACAGAUACACCUGAAGAUUCAGAACACACUGUUCCGUUUAAUGGGACCAUGAACACCGAGGAGCACUUUGAAGAUUACGGAGAAAGCAACGAGAAUGACUUUGCAUCAAGUAGUUUCUGUCAGGAUGGAAGCAUAAGCAUCAAUGGCCACUUAAAUCGCUCGGCAUUGCUUUGUCCCAGUGAUCAUUUUACUUCAACUUUACAAAGUAUCAUUGGGGAAGAGAUGCUGGAGUUUUACUGCACUCAGUGUCAUAAACAAAUCAAUCGCCUGGAAGAUCUAUCUGCUCGAAUCAGCUGUCUUGAAAUGAAUAGGCAUCUCCAGCAGAACAGCACAGCCAGCAGUGACAGCAUGGAGGACCUGUCCACCAGCACCUUCGACCAGCUACCCGCCGACCUCUCGGACCAGGUGAUAUUCCUGGAGAAACGAGUGACAGAGCUGGAACAGGAGAACACAGCCAACGGAGAGGUGCACGGCCGCCUGAAACAAGAGAACCUGCAACUGGUGCAUAGGGCCAAUGCUUUGGAAGAGCAGCUAAAAGAGCAGGAGAACAAGUCUGAGGAGAUGUUACUGGAGGAAAUCAAGAAGCAGAAAGAUGUUCUGAGCAAGGUGGAGAGGGAGCAAGUGAUCGAGAUGGAGAAUCUACACACCAGGUUGCAACAGCUGGACGAGGAGAACAGCGAGCUGCGGGCUUGCAUUCCCUGCCUGCGGGCCAACACGGAGCGGCUGGAGGAGGAGAAGCGGAAGCUCUUGGAUGAAAUGGAUGAUCUGAUGCAGAAGCUGAAGGAGGAGCAGGAGAACAACCAGAAGCUGUCAGAUAAACUCUGGCACAAGAAAUACCAAUUCCAGAAGGAGAAGGAUACCACUCAAGAGCUCAUCGAAGAUCUGCGCAAGCAACUGGAGCAGCUACAGCUCUUCAAGCUGGAGGCGGAGAGGCUGCGGGGCCGAUCCAGCAGCAUCGGGCUGCAGGAGUACAACAGCCGCAACCGCGAGGCUGAGCUGGAGCAUGAGAUCAAACGCCUCAAGCAGGACAACCGAAAUCUGAAGGAGCAAAACGAUGAGCUGAACGGGCAGAUUAUCAACCUGAGCAUCCAGGGGGCAAAGAGCCUUUACACCACGUCCAUCUCAGAGUCCCUGGCUGCGGAAAUCAGCUCAGUGUCCAGGGAUGAACUUAUGGAUGCAAUUCAGAAGCAGGAAGAGAUAAACUACAGGCUACAGGACUACAUUGACCGGAUUGUUGUUGCAAUCAUGGAGACGAAUCCUGCAAUUUUAGAGAUCAAACAAGCGGAGGAGGCCCAUUCCUAGCCUCCCGGGACCAGUGUACAAACAGUAGCUCUUCUGUCACUUGUGUGUAAAUGGUCAGGCAAUUUGGCUGCAGAAUUCUGUCCUAACUCUUGAACCACGGACCUGUGUAAACCCACACAGCAUUCACUUCGUCUUCCUGUCCGUGUGCCAAGGUACGACAGGCAGUUGGUAAUUUCUUGCAGGUUUCCUGUUUUCCGUUUCCAGUCGCCCUUGUGUGAGGAUCGCAGAAUGGUCAUCAUGUCUCCCCAGGACCAAAAUACCCAGCAACAGUAAAUCGUGUCACUAAAAUGCAGUGAACCAAGUCAACACAUUGAUGAUAAUGGGGUGCGGGGCAGUGGGGAGCAGCCUGCAUAAGGCCGGACUCAGAGUUCAUGUCAGUGGGAACCUAAAUAAUGCUGCACCCACUCUGAGCUCUACUGCGGGGACUCCAUUGUACAAGGAGCAGCUAGUCGGCUUCUCUGCAGGGUUGGCUGGGGAUCCAGAUUUAUGUCCUCAAAUCCAGCCUCCCUGCCUUCUUCCGGUCUAUAAUCCAACUCAAUGGUCACACCUUGAACCUGGGAUCUGACUCCAGCCUUUGUUUAGGGUCAUGAAUCUACUCAUUGUCCCUCUAGGAAUGUCUUCCUGCCCUCUUACCCCAUGCUCGACAAGUUCUCUUUCAGUUGUGCAAUGAUGUUGCCUGGCAUUUGCAAGAAGUCUGAUCAACACUCUGCUGCAGGACUUGGCCGGUGUACUGGCCUGACUCGUGUCUUGUCAGGCUUGUGGUUAUCUGCCUGCUGCAAGGACUGACUGUAUUGAGCACACCCCAGGUCUGCCACAACAGGCCAUUGAUGUGAAGAGACUUGAUGUCCUAAUCCAGGGACUGCAUCACAAACCACAUUCCCUUGAUCAGUGUGCACGAGUUCUGUACUAGUUGUGCAGUUUUCCCCACAAAUCACUACACGCCAAUUGCACUCCAAUUGCACUCCAAGUACCAGUAGCACCAGAAACACUGACGGCUUUGUACAACAUUUGACAAUGACACUUAUAACUGACACCAGGUGUGUACACACCUGAUCGCUAUUCUUGCCUCACCAUUGUUGCACUGAUCGUUGUUUGACAUGGCUGUCCGGUGAUGCUCGCUGACAUAGUCCUUGUUUCUGUACACUCUCCUAGUUCACCCACUCAUCGCACCUGAGGUCUGUGCAAAUCAGCCCAGGUGCCCAGUGACACUACAAUAUUUAUUGAGUAUUUAUUUACUCCAUUUUUUCCUAAAAUAAAUCACCUGAGCACUUUUAACACCCAAUAGCUGAGAGCAUGCCUACUUGCUGGUAAAAAUGAAUGCAGGAGUUGAGAUCUAUAUAUUCAACAAGAGGUGGGAGAGCUGCAGUCAGUAGUUGCCACUGGUAUUGUGUGUGUUUAAUCCACAAGACUGCCCAGCUCGGUAAUACCGACUCCUCUCCCUUUGCAGCAUUGUGGUAAGCUGCUGUUCAGGCCCCUUCCUCAUCUCAAUCUUGGUGGUUGCCUAGAGGAAAAUUGUUGAGAGAUUGCAAAGAAUGCCCAUUCCUUGGCAUGCCCAGAUAACUGGUGCCUUGCAUCCAUGUGGAUGAGGGAAUGGAUUGCAGAUUGUGGCUCCCUCGUUCAGCAACAAUGGCUGCUAGUGCUGGAGUAUUGUCUUUCAGUCCAAGUUUUCUUUAACCUUGUGCAAAGAUGUUCUGUUACAUGGCGAGGCCUUGGGUGCUUCAGCUCUGAGUUCUCCCAGUACCUCUUGUAUCUGAUGCAAGGCAUUGCUGUCUGCUUGUAAACUUUGCUGCAUUGUCUCUUGUGUAAAUCAAUGUAUAUUUUGAAUUUUCUAUCCUUUACAGUAGAAAGUUAUUUUUUAUAGAAUGAAGGCAGAUUUGUACUGGAGUCUGAUAACCAGUGCAUUCAGUGGAAUCACUUGAGAGCUUCUCAAUUUUGUAAAGUCAAUAGAUUGUGUCUGUAUAUAGUAAGAAACUGAGAGGGAAGCAGGUUCAAUGUUGAUUUCUUUAUGGAGAAUGCAUUAACUCGCACUUGCUACCAUGAAGAAGAUGAUACUGUCACAAUGUAUAAAAUGUCUUAAAUGCAAAUAGUCUUAUCAAUGUACUGUCCUGACAAUUGAAAACCAAUGUGAGAUUUAGCUCAAACUGUUUUUAAAGAAAAUUCUGAUACUGGUUUGUGUACUGUUUCAUCACCAGAGCUAAUCUAAGCAUCAAUACUUGCUGUUUAUACAGAAGCUGCCUGACGACCAGGGAAUUAACAUUGCAUUGAUCAUCCAUGGUAAUUGUGAUUGUACAGAAAUACAAGGUUUGCACAUCUGUAUAGACUGGCUUUUUUGGUGCAGGGAUAUGGAAUGAAUGGUGAUGUGGCUACUGUAAGCAUCCAGACACUGACUAAUUAAAAUCGACAGCAAUAA